AUAGUAGCAACGUACCAUCGAAGAAAAUGAAAAGUGUAUUAGCGUGGGAAAAUGUAGAUGGCUAAUAUUAUAACGUGUUUCUCAACAUCUGGCACAAAACGCCAUUUUGUGCCGUCCCGUCUUGCCCUAGAGCCACCAAAGAAGAAGUCUGGAGGGAAAAGUGGAGGCUCAGGUUACAUCAUUGAUGGAGUGUCUACAACAGAAAUGUCACGAGAUCAAUUGGAAAUUUUUGCCAAUCGGCUUCGUGAAGAGGUGGAAAGAGAGCGUGAGGAGAGAAAUUUUUUUCAAUUAGAAAGAGAUAAAUUAAAAACCUUUUGGGAAGUUUGUCGUCAGCAACUUGAGGAGGCAAAAGCCGAGUUAAGGAAUAAAGACCAGUUUAUUCAAGAUGAUGAUAAGCGACAUCGAACUGAAAUAAAAGUCUUUGAGCAGAAAGUAAAACAUUUGGAAUAUGAACACCAAAAUAACAUAGCUGAAUUAAAGGCAGAAAACAUGGUUUCUUUAAAAAAAGCUGAAGAUGAUUUUAAAAAAUGUGAAGAGUUGCUAUUGCAGGACAAGAAUGCACUCAAAUAUCAACUAGAGGAAAUUCAGGAUGUUCAUUUAACUGAACUCUGUAUUGUUAAAGCUAUGCACAAAAUGGAGAUUUCAAAUAUGAGGAAAAAUUUUGAAGUCCAGAGUCGUGAUUUAGAAAAGAAAUACGAACAGCGCCUGCAGAAAAUACGUACUGAGCUAAUGCUCCAACAUCGUAUUGAAUUAGCUUCUGCUGAAGAAAGACACAAAGUUCGUGUGAAUGAAAUAGGUCAAUAUCAUACUCAGAUUAAUGAUAAAAUAAGACAUUACUACAAUAAUGUUACUAGCAAUAAUCUCGGGAUCAUUAACGACUUAAAAGAGGAACUGCAAAGACUCAAGGGUAGUUCAGAUGUGAUGCAGAGAACUGCAGCAUUGGAAACAGCAAAAAGUAACGAACUUCGACUAAAAGAAUCCCUUCAACAAGCACAGUCUACAAUUGUGAUUUUAAAAAAAUCGAUUCAAAAUUACGAAAAAGAGAAAACAUAUCAUGAAAAUACUAAAGCUCGAUUCAAUUCAGCUCAGAGUGAACUUAAGGAGCUGAAAUGGCAGAAUGACCUUUUACGCUUGGAAUCAGAAAAGAUAAAAAUGGAGCGGGAUGAAUUACAACAGCGAUUUACUGAUGCAACAUUAGAACUUCAACAAAGAACUAGUAUGAAAAAUACAAUUUUACAAGAAAAAAUCAAAGAUUUAUUAGAGCUUCUAGAAAUGAAAGAAACACAGUUGUCUGGCCUUUUGAAUAAUGCUGUGAAUCCAGCUGCUGUUCAUGAAUUAAAAAAAAAACUGGAAUCGGAUAAGGAUCUUCUUGAUAGAAAAAAUGCUGCAAUCCAUGAUUUACAAUAUGAAGUUGCAAGAUUAUGCAAGGCUCAUGAUGAUUUGCUGGAUACUUAUGAAAGUAAACUAAAGCAAUAUGGCAUCCCAAAAGAAGAAUUAGGAUUUACUCCGAUGCGAGCUAUCAACAAACAGAAAGCACAAGUUGGUCGUGGUCCUGCUGGUCUUGUUACUGACAACCCAUGAUGCAAAGGCAGAGUUUUAAAUUGUUCUAUUACCAGAUGUAUUUCUUUCUCCACAACAUUGUUCAGUUUUUGUAGUCCUAUUCAGAGUGUGCAAGUUCAUUUCAAUAGUUUCCA